CAUCUCUCGGCAUUACAUUUUACAGCAGGGUCCAAGGAAACCAUGACGCCAACUGUUAUAUUUUUAUCUUUCUUAACAGUUUUAGUUGGGGGAGUAACUAGUUUGCCUUCUCUUAAAACAUCAACUACAACAGUGUCAUAUAAUGUCACUUACAUCCAGACAUCAUUGUCAACGAGAAGCGUGAGAGCCGGUGUUAAACGCAGGACCACCAACACCUCCGCAAAAAUCUCACCUACAAAGCUAAGCAAAUUCUCCGAAACCGUGGAAGCCACUCAGGAGACCACCAGGGGUCUGAAACCCAUGACAUUUAAACCUACGGAGGGAAGAACCAUAGCUCCGAAGCCCACGACAAAACCAUCAAAGCCAACGGAGGUGAUCACGAAAACUUUAAAAACAACGACCGUAAAUCCAACAGCCAAGACCAAAAAGACCACUCCAAAGACCACUCCAUUGAGUUUCCAAACAGAGGACCUGAAUGAAGACAUUGACAAGAGUGUGGAGAGGAGAGUGUGGAACCCAAAAAAUAGUGAGGAACCGCCGGUAUUUGAAUGCCCACCUUUGGGUCUUGAGUCUCUGAAAGUGAAAGACUCUCAGCUUCUAUCCUCCUCUUACAAACGCAGAGGCCUGGGGCCACACAGGGCCCGACUUAACAUACAGUCUGGUAUUGAGGAUGGGGAUAUCUAUGAUGGAGCCUGGUGUGCCCAACACAAAGACAAGAACCAGUGGCUACAGGUAGAUGCCAUGAAGCUCACACGGUUCACAGCAGUUAUGCUACAGGGCCGCAGCUCCAUAUGGAGCUUGGACUUUGUGGAAACCUUUAAGGUGCAGGUCAGCAAUGACACCAUUAAAUGGAAGCCGUGCAUGAACGGGACCGAAGAGGCGGUGUUUGAGGGAAAUCAGGACAGCGAAACGCCAGUCUUGGCGGUUUUACCCGAGCCGGCGAUGGCACGCUACAUUCGUAUUAACCCCCAGACCUGGUUUAAGAAUGGAUCCAUCUGCCUGAGAGCUGAGAUCAUGGGCUGUGAGCUGCCAGAUCCAAACAAUAUCUACCCGUGGCAAGCUGAGGAGGGCACCAAAGAUAAACUGGACUUCAGACACCACAACUACAAAGAGAUGAGGAAGCUCAUGAAGUCUGUGACCGAGAUGUGCCCCGACAUCACCCGCAUUUACAGCAUCGGCAAAAGCUACAUGGGCCUUAAACUGUAUGUGAUGGAAAUCUCAGACAAUCCAGGAAAGCAUGAGCUGGGUGAACCAGAGUUUCGCUAUGUGGCCGGUAUGCAUGGAAAUGAGGUGCUGGGUAGGGAGCUGCUGUUGAAUCUGAUGGAGUACAUGUGCCAGGAGUACAAACGAGGAAAUCAGAGAAUAGUACAUCUGGUGAAAGAGACACGCAUCCAUCUGCUGCCUUCUAUGAACCCCGAUGGCUACGAAAUGGCUUACAAGAAGGGUUCAGAGCUUGCCGGAUGGGCAUUUGGUCGCAAUAGUUAUGAGGGCAUUGACAUGAAUCACAAUUUUGCAGACCUGAACACAGUGAUGUGGGACGCCAUUGAGCUGGAAACGGAUAAAUCGAAACUUAUCAACCACUAUUUUCCCAUUCCGGAGUACUACACUUCAGAAGAAGCUUUGGUGGCUCCAGAAACGAGAGCAGUCAUCAGCUGGAUGCAGAAUAUCCCGUUUGUACUCAGCGCUAACCUCCACGGAGGAGAGCUGGUGGUCACUUACCCCUUCGACAUGACCAGAGAUUGGGCUCCAAAGGAGGACACUCCCACUGCAGACGAGAGUUUCUUCCGCUGGCUGGCCACCGUUUACGCCAGCACAAACCAUGUGAUGUCCAACCCGGAUCGAAGGCCGUGCCACAAUGAGGACUUCCUCCGUCACAAUAACAUUAUAAACGGAGCCAGUUGGCACACUGUACCGGGCAGUAUGAAUGACUUCAGCUACCUGCACACCAACUGUUUUGAGGUGACGGUCGAGCUGUCCUGUGAUAAGUUCCCUCAUGCCAGUGAGCUGCCCAUAGAAUGGGAAAAUAAUAAGGAAUCUCUGCUAAUCUACAUGGAGCAGAUACACAGAGGAAUUAAAGGAGUGGUAAGGGACAAAGACACUGAAGCUGGGAUUGCUGAUGCCAUCAUUAAAGUAGACGACAUCGACCACCAUAUCAGAUCAGCUUUUGAAGGGGAUUAUUGGCGUCUGUUAAAUCCGGGUGAAUAUCACAUAACAGUGACUGCAGAGGGAUACAUACCAGCCUCCCGAAACUGCAGGGUCGAAUACGAUCACUACCCCACCAUUUGUGACUUCCAACUCACCAAGACACCAAAACAGCGUCUGAGAGAAAUCCUGGCCAAGGGCGGCAAGAUCCCUAAAGACCUUCAGCUCAGACUGCGACAGCUGCGCAUACGGAAACUGCGUGCCAGCACUAAACUUAUUAAUCGACGCAGGGCGUCACAACAACGCAGGGCAAGGGGGACCCGCCGCUAAACUGACCUUUAACCUCUGACAUGUUUUACCGGCCAAGUAGAGGAUUAAACUGUAUUAAUGUCAUAGGCAAAUGUCAUUGAGAGGGCCUUUAACCCUUUAAUAAUAGUUGUACUACAGUUGCCAUAUUUUGACUAUGGUAACCCCAAAUGUACCAUUAUCUCACCACAGUAUCUAUAGUUUAACCACGAUAUUUGUAGUAAAACGAUGGCAAUACAAAUGGUAAAAAAUUCACCAAAAAAACAUUACCAAAUUUUUGCUAUGAUAACACCAUGACUAUUUUUAAGGAGAACUACAGUAGGUUGCCCUUUACUGUGGUAUACAUUGAAGGAUUGAAGAUGAUACAUUAUGCCAUGUACAUUUCACACUAAAAUACAUUCGAAAACUGUCUUUAUGCUUUUUCUAUAAAAUGAUAAAUUGUCCAUACAAAUAUAAUGGAGAUGUUUUGUAUACUUGCUAGCCAUUUUGAUGUCUGCUUACAUUAAAAAGUUUCAGUCUGGAACUGAUUUUUAAUUUUACAGUCUGUUGUUUUUUAGUUUAUGAGGCGCUUCGAAUCAGGAGAACCAUCAUUUGUAAAUAAAUUGUUGUAAUUGCUCUUGAACUGAACAUGAAAUGAACAGCACGUCCUUUUUCAAGAACUGUACAAUAUUAUGUAAGACCUGUGACUGCCAGCAGAUGGCGCGCUGGUGCUUUUUCAAACUGAUGGUGCGUAUUUUAACUGUGAACUGUUUAUUGUUUGUUGUAAAAAAAUAAAAACAUAUUUUG